GUCGAAGAAAUCAGCCAACGCUUAGCUCGAUAUGCUCGGAGGAAGAAACUCAUAGGGUCUAUUGCUUCAAACCUCAGCGAGCAAUCUUCUGGCAUCGUCAGCGACAACAAGAGCUACCUUUCUUAUUCUCGAACUUCGCUUGCAUCCACAUCACCCUCAGUUGCUAAAGAGAGCAGGGAAAGGCGAAAGAUACGUAGUUGUCGGUCGCAGUGUCAGCCACAAGAGCCGCUUUGCAACUCAAAGUUGACCCAAGGCACCAUCAUCACCCUUGUCAUCGUAAUGGCUGCUUGUCUCAUCGCCAUGUCUGCUCUGUACGUACUUGAUUGGCAUAACCGGAAUUAUGGCUACCAGCACCUUUAUCCACCAAACGCUACCCCAUCGACAAAGUCUGGAGGCUCUGCAGAAGGUGUCGGUCAUAUGAUAUAUCAGAUAGACCAUCCAUAUCUGCCGAUGCUACAACCGGAUGCGCCAACGCUGAUGUCAUCAUGUCGUUCGAAACACUGUCAUACCUACUGUUGCGCGGAUCGAGCAGUCUACCGUUCUGUUAACAGAGUAAACGAGAUGGAUGCUAUCGUGACUUUGGGCGAGCGCAGUAAAAAUAUGGUAGCUCGAAAUGCUCCAGACGCUUCAGCCGGAAGGCCGCUCGGCACAGGCGUUCGGAUCUUGAUACCAACCCUGAAUGCCACCAUCGAUAGCCGGUACUGUAUCAAAGCAAAGCAAAGCUGCAAUAAGAAACGUGGACGGUUUAACAUGUAUAUUCCCGUGUCACCGUACCUUCCAACGAUACCUCUGGAAAUCAUUUUCUCGGUACCAAAAGGAAAGCUUGUCAACAAUUGUGGGUACCUGGCAGAUUUUCAGCACAAGUAUUGCACUUUACAAAGUGAUAGCUUCAGGACAGAACGUCCGCAGUACCCUGUAGCGAAUCAGGUAAGUCUCAUACCAUAUCAACACAAACAGCGCUUCAAAUGCUGCGUUCAGAUAGGAGAUGAUAUUUUCGAGCUGUCCGUCGGCAGUUACCUCCAAUCCGCGUAUCGAUUCCGUGUUGGAUUCACGACGGAGUCGUGCUUUUCCAGCGAAGAUCAUCUUCAUGGAGGAUAUGAGGAGUAUAAUCUAAUAUUUUACCGCACUUGUGCGCCACCAGCUGGUUCCACUGAUGCACCAUCGGUGUAA